AUGGACAGCACAGAAGACUCAUCCACGAGUUCACAACAGCAACCGAACCUUCCACCCGGGUUUCGGUUCCACCCCACAGAUGAAGAGCUCGUGGUUCACUACCUCAAGAAGAAAAUUGAUUCUGUUCCUCUCCCUGUUUCAAUCAUCGCUGAUGUUGAUCUCUACAAGUUCGAUCCAUGGGAAUUACCAGCUAAGGCAUCGUUUGGGGAGGAAGAGUGGUACUUUUUCAGUCCAAGAGACAGGAAGUACCCAAAUGGUGCGAGGCCAAACAGGGCUGCAACUUCAGGGUACUGGAAGGCCACAGGGACAGAUAAGCCAAUAUGCAGUGGAACUCAAAAGGUUGGGGUGAAGAAAUCUUUGGUUUUCUAUGGAGGGAAACCACCAAAAGGAGUCAAAACCGAUUGGAUCAUGCAUGAGUAUCGUCUUGCUGAAACCAAGCCUAACAACAGGCCUCCUGGGUGUGACUUGGGUCACAAGAAAAACUCCUUAAGGCUGGAUGAUUGGGUGUUGUGCCGGAUCUACAAGAAGGGCAACACACAAAGGUCACCUAUGGACCAUGAGAGGGAUGAUUCCAUGGAUGACAUGAUUGGAGAAGUACCUCCUUCCAUCAACGUGGGCCACAUGAAUGCGAGAUUUCACCUUUCAAAGAUGUCCACGAGCUACAGUGGUGCAUUGUUGGAAAAUGACAGAAACACGUUAGAAGGGGUGGUUAUAGGCAAUGGUGUGAAUGGGAUCAGCACUACAACAAGUGCCCUACCAUCUCAGUUUGGCACCUCGAAUUCCAAGGCAGAUCACCUUCCUUUUGCCCUUUCAAACAACACUUCAGCCUCCAAAAGAACACUCUCAUCACUGUAUAACUGGAAUGAUGAUAGUGAUGAAAAACACUUCAAUUUGGAUAGUAACGGGAAUGUGAGUGUUGUGAGGACUGACGAGAACAACGGUACUCCUGGCUCCUUUGCUACUCUGCUUAACCAGCUCCCACAAACAACUUCAUUGCCCCAACUAGGGUCUAUGGGAGACGGGUUACUUAGAACACAGUAUCAAAUACAAGGGACUAAUUGGUAUGGUUAA